AUGGUCGGCAAGUGCGAGGUGCAGCCACGAACUGCCGAGGAGAUGCAGCAGAUACCGCCUGGAGAGUCCUGGAAUUGCGCUGUGAAGAUCGAGAAGUGUCGCUGGCUUGAGAGAGAGGGCAAGGAUUCGCUGGGCGAAGGUGAGGAAAGCUUCGGGGAGGGACGACCGUUCCCUCAUCUUGGAUCAUACAACCGCCACGACAGAAUCAAGAAGGCCGCAUACCUCUUACUGGAAGCGCAGAAGGCCAGUGCAGAGCAGAAGCAAUUUUUCGAGACUUGGCUGAAGAUUGUCUUUGAUGAGGCAUGCCCAGUUUCGUCGGAAGGAGCGGCGCAGCUAAGAGUUCCCACGGACAUAGAAUCCUUUGAGCUGAGCAUCAAAGCUCCGAAGGAGCUGAUGUUAAGGCUCGCAAACCGGUUUCUUGAAGCUUGCAAAGUUCCGGAUCUACGUAUGCUGCAGCAGUUUGCACAGCUGCAGUGGGAGAAAGAGGAUGUUUCCGAAGUGUCCCUAUGGUGCAGGCUGAAGCGCUUGGGGAGUUCUUGCCCAGGUGUGGAUGCUGGUUUUCACUUGGACCAUUCCUUGGAGUGGCUUGUCACGGACAUUGUUGUGCCAAAGAGUGAGGACCAGGCAAACUUGCGCAACAACGCCAUGUCACAUCGCCUUGUGCCCUUCGCGUACGGUGCGUCCUUGCUUCCCAUUGAGCCCGAGUCCUCUUUGACUUUCGACAUGGAGACAGGAUCCAUGAAGUCUUCGAUCCUUUCCGCCCUUUUCAUGUUUGGUGCCAUGGGCUUUGCUAAGCCCGAAGAUCUAGGUUUGACUGCGAUCACCCACGUAGAUGCUAUGAAGUGCUAUUUGCUUGCAGCGCUCGGUCCAAAGGGGUUAACCCGAAUGGCCCUGCGAUUUGAAAAGCCUCAGGCGUCUUGCGUUUCCGACCUCACAUCUGCAUGCAAUAUUCCAAUGCUGACCAACGUGAUCAACGACCUGGAGAUUGAGCUGGACAAGACGCCCGGCUUUGUCGAGUAUGCAGCUGAGAUGAGUGGCUGCGUGGGAAUGUGCGUGGGCCUCUGCAAGAAACCCAUGCAGCGAAUGUUCGGAGAGGUUCUGGGAAUGCCGCUUUCCAUGGAGCCAAACAUGGAGGACUUGAGCUGCACGAUGGUCUUUGGCAAAGACCCAGAACCAUGGGGGCAGGAUGAUCUGCAAAAGCAGCCGUGCUUCAAGUCUUGUGCCACAGCCAGGAUGACCGGAGCUUGCCCAAAGCUGUCUUGA